AUGGCUAAAGCAAAGGCUGAACCAUCACAAGAUUCCAAAGGGCCAAGACAAGCGACCUUGGCUUCUUUUUUCGGCGCACCUAAACCGGGUCCCAGACCACCUUCCACGAACCCACUUUCUUCACCUGCCAGUACCAAUCUACGCACACCAUCGUCACUUGCUGGAAGUUCGCCCGUAGUAAGAACUACCCAAGGCAAAGAUAUCGGUAGAGCUUCGAAUCCAAUCAAGAAGAACUUCGUUGAGAGUGAAGAAGAACUUACCCCGCCUCCGGAAUCCGGACCUUCUUCAUCUGCUAGAGCUGAGUCAAGUGGGAAGAAGACUCUGAUUCAAGAUGAGGAUGACGUUGAAAUGGAGGAUACUAUCGACGCGGACGGCUCGCCUAUCAAAGUAGGGAGACGACAGAAAAGAAAAGUCAUGUAUGUCGAGUCUGAGUCGGAUGAUUCAGAGGCAGAUGUGGCUCCUAAGGGAAGAACAGGUCGAAAGCCUAGAAAAAGUUUGAAGGAAGAUUCUGAUUCGGAUGAUUUUGUAUUCGAUGAGAAAGACGAUGCAGCAAUGGCUGCUGCGGCAGAUGAAUAUGAUGCAUCUAUCAUCUCCCGUUCGCCUUCCGCUGCGUUCUCUGCUUCGCCCGAACCCACCAAGAAGAAGCCUGCACCGGCUAGAAAAGGUUUUGUGGUGUCCAAAGCUGUACCGAAGAAAGCCACCACCUCAUGGUCUGGAAACAGCGCUAAGCCGUCUGAAGCUUCAUCUUCUCGUCAAGCUUCUACAUCCCGUCCUGGUCCUACACCACUAUCAAAUGCUACAUCCAACGACAAUGAAAGGAAUGGCAGCGCCAACGCUGUCGCUCGUUCGAACGACGCAAAUUCCCAAUUCCUCACCAGAUCUGAAUUAUCGAAACUCGAAGCAAAGGAGGAAAAGCAAGCAACAGACAGGCGAUUCGAUUUCCUUCGACCCGAAAACCUCAAAGAUAUGGACGGAAAUCGGCCUGAUCAUCCUGACUACGAUAAAAGAACUCUCUUUAUCAAAGAAAGUAGACUCGAAGCCCUGUCGCCUUUUGAACGGCAGUUCUGGAGAAUUAAACGACAUCAUUACGACACAGUUCUGUUCUUCCAAAAAGGAAAGUUUUACGAAUUGUACGAAGACGACGCCAAGAUCGGCCACCAAGAAUUUGAUUUGAAGCUGACCGAAAGAGUCAAUAUGAGUAUGGUCGGUGUGCCAGAACAAGUUUUACAAUUCUGGAUCCAAAAAUUCCUUGGGGCAGGCUACAAAGUAGGCAUUGUAGAACAGGCAGAAACAGCUAUUGGGAUGGAGAUGCGACAGAAAAAGGACGAAUCAAAGACUAAUGGAGAAAGAAACGGUAGUGGUGGUAAAGCUACUAAACCCGACAAACUCGUCAAUAGGGAAUUGCGUCAAGUGUUCACCAAUGGUACUAUCGUCGACGGAACUUACCUUAGCUCCGAUGAUGCAAAUCACUGUAUAGCAAUCAAGGAAUUCCCCAACGAGCUCACCGGGAACUCUGCGUAUGGCGUUUGCAUCAUGGACGCCUCAACGGGUGCUUUCGAACUGAGUGCAUUCGAAGAUGAUGUCUGUCGAACAAGGUUGGAGACAAUGUUUAGACAACUACGACCCAAAGAACUCGUUCAUGCCAAAGGUAAUCUAUCCAUGUCCACCAGUCGGAUGUUACGAAAUAUCCUUCCCUCUUCCACCCUCUGGCAAUCAUUCAAGGAGGGAAAAGAGUUUUGUUCCGCUUCUGAUACUCUCGAUCAGUUGUCGGAAUUCUUCGAGAUGGAUGAAGACGAUCAGGACAGCGAUAAACCACCUUUACCCGAAGCUAUUCAACAAUAUCGAAAUAAUGCAUGCGCGAUGGAAGCGCUCGGUGGAUUACUAUUCUACCUGCGUAGUCUUCGAUUGGAUAAGGAUUUAGUUUCGCAGAGUAAUUUCAAUGUCUACGAUCCUAUCAGAGAAGGGAAGUGUCUGAUCCUCGAUGGGCAAACUUUGGCACAUAUGGAGGUACUUGUCAACGGCGAAGGUGGACUGGAAGGUACCUUAUUGGAUCUGCUCCAAAGGUGUAUAACGCCUUUCGGUAAACGACUGUUCCACAUUUGGCUCAGUACCCCGCUACGAGAUGCGAAGGCUAUCAAUGACAGACUUGACGCUGUUGAUGAUAUCCUGAAAGAACGAGGUGGAGCUCGGAUGGACUUUUCUGGUCGUUUCAGCCAGAUUUGCAAAGGUCUACCUGACCUUGAGCGACUGAUAUCCCGGAUACACGCGAGAAGUGAGAGAGAAAGCAAAUUUCUCGAGGUGAUCGAUAACUUCAAACGACUGCAAGCUGGUUUCGAUGAAAUGCGAUCUCUGGCCGAGGGUUUCGAUUCUCCCAGUAUCGGGGGUCUGCUCCGGACUGCACCGGAUCUGACCCCUUAUUUGGCUCAUAUGAACUCGUUGUACACGGUGGAAAAGGGUGAAAAAACCGUGCAAAUUAUGCCUCAACCUGGUGCUGACGAAGAAUCUGAUUCUGCCGCUGCAACUGUCAACCAGAUUGUCAGUCGAUUAGAUGAGUAUUUCAUAGAAGUGAUCGGUAGCUUGAACUUACGCAAGGAACUUCGGGAUAAGUGUGUUUACUGGCAUAGUGCUCAAGGGCUGAAAGAGCUCUACCAUAUCGAAGUGCCCGCAGCGACGAAGGUACCACGAAAUUGGAUCAAGACCAGUGGGACUAAGUCCGUUACCCGCUAUCACACUCCUGAGAUUCUACCAAUGAUUCGAGAAUAUCAAGAAGCGGUAGAAAUUCAGAACGCUACCAAGAGGGAGUUCUAUAAACGUCUUAUGGCUGAAUUCGACAAAGACAGGGCCAUUUGGCUUCAAGCUGUUCGCGUGAUCGCAGAGUUGGAUUGUCUUGUUUCCUUGGCAAAAUCUACGCAAAACAUGGACGAUCCGAAAUGUAGACCUGAAUUCAUCGAUUCAUCAUCAGCAUUCAUCGAUUUCGAAGAUCUUCGACAUCCAUCAAUGUGUCUUCGAUCAGAUUUCAUUUCCAAUAAUGUCCAAUUAGGUGAUACUCAAGCACGACAAGUGUUACUCACCGGACCCAACAUGGCUGGUAAAAGUACUCUACUAAGAAUGACAGCUGCAGGAGUUAUAAUGGCUCAACUCGGUUGUUAUGUUCCUGCAUCAAAAGCUAGAUUGAGUCCAGUCGAUAGAAUCCAAACUAGAAUGGGAGCUUAUGACAAUAUGUUCGCAAGUGCUUCUACGUUUAAAGUUGAAUUAGAUGAAUGUGCAAAGAUACUUAGAGAAGCAGGACCGAGAUCUUUGGUCAUUCUCGAUGAGCUUGGUCGAGGUACUUCCACGUAUGACGGAAUGGCUAUUGCAGGAGCUGUAUUACAUCAUUUGGCUACGCACACUCUGCCACUAGGAUUCUUCGCUACUCACUAUGGCUCACUCACCGACGAUUUCACAUAUCACCCGAAUAUUCGCAAGAUGCAUAUGCAAACUCAUGUAGAUGAUCAACUUCAACAAGUCGUCUUUUUGUAUAAGUUGAUUCCUGGUGUAGCGGAGAGUAGUCAUGGUACCCAUGUUGCUCAAAUGGCAGGUGUACCUAUGGAAGUCGUCAAUCGAGCACAAUCAGUUUCGGAUCAAUUCUUCGCUCAGUUCAAUGCUAAACUAAAUACGAAAAGACAAUCUUCAUUGCCCUUAAUGGCACAAGCAGAUUUCGCAUGGUUGAUGAGGUUGCUCAAUGGCCUUAACAGAGAUGAAGGAAAGGCUGCAUUAGGUCAACAAAUGGAAAUCAUCAAGGAAUGUGCAGGGAGGUAUGAGAUAAGUUAA